UUCAUCAUCACCUCUUCUACAGACGACCAGAAGUGCCGAGAGUGCAUAGGCCAUGAUGCUCGGGAUCUUGCUGUUUGCUGUGUGUUGUAGUGCAGCACUGGCCCAUUUCAACACAAAUCUAGACCAGCACUGGGAGUUGUGGAAGAAGACGCAUAACAAGUUUUACUCCAGUAAGGAUGAGGAACUGGGCAGGAGAGAGUUGUGGGAGAAAAACCUUGAACUUAUCACCAUUCACAACCUGGAGGCCUCCAUGGGUCUGCAUUCAUAUGACCUGAGCAUGAACCACAUGGGUGACAUGACAACAGAAGAGAUCCUGCAAACAUUAGCUAUGACUCGUGUCCCUCCUGGCUUUAAAAGACAAACGCUAGAAUUUGUGGGCUCUUCUGGAGCUGCUGUCCCAGACUCUCUGGACUGGAGAGAGAAGGGAUAUGUCACCAGUGUGAAGGACCAGGCAAGUUCUUCAUAAAAACAUUUUAUUUAU